AUGGCAACUAACAAUCAAGAGCACCAGUCGAUCACAUCUCUUACUUGCAAGUUGUGUAACAAUGAAUUUGGCACAAAAUAUGAGCUGAAUAAACACAUGGCGGGACAUAUUGUGCGAUGGCAGAUCUCGCGUUUAGGUACAACACAGGACAAAAGUUACUCUAUGGAUUACACGCAACCUGAUGAAAGCAAAAGCACUCAAUCUGAUAAAAGAAAAAUCAUACGAGCUGAUGAACACAAUGACACACAACCUGUUGGAUUAGAUAGUGCAGAGUACAAACAACCUUUAAAUGAAAGCCAAAAGGAAGUUCUUCCACAAUGCGAAGUAUGUCAGAGAUUUUUCAAAACUAAACAUGCGUUGAAUAUUCACAUGCACACUGCCCACAAAUAUAAAUCCAAUAUGGUUACUAAUAACAAGGACAUUUCAGUACUAAAUACAAGUGGAACCAACCUACCACCUGAAGAGCCUGUCAUUAAAAAGAUGGUGGUUAAAAAGACUGAAGGAAGUGAACAAAAAUGCCAGGCACAAUUUGAGAAUUGCUGGCUUAGCUAUGAAUGUAAAAUUUGUGAGUCUACGUUCCCAUCAAAGGAAUACUUUGAUUUUCAUAUGCUAAAGCACACUGGGGGUUUGUCGCGUUGUAGCCAGUGUGUACGUGUAUUUACGUCCAAGGACGCCCUUGACCAUCACAUCACUUCAAGCCACCGAGUACAUUUUUUCCGAUGCUUAAAAUGCAACGAACUAACCUUGAUAUGUAGUAUGUUGCAGCAUAUCAAUCAACAUAGAGUGGAAUUGUGCACAGGGAAACAGCAACCUGUUGUUGCCGAGUGUGCCGGAAUGCAGCAACCUGUCAUCGGAGUGUGUCCUGAGACGCAGAAACCUGUCAUUAACACAAGGUGUGCAUCUUUUCAUGAUGUCUGCACGCUUUGUGAUGUGCAGUUCUACUCUCAAAGCAGGGCAGAAGAGCAUUUCAUGAUCUACCACAAUCCAAAGAAGGAACCAUUUCCAAAGUGUCGCAUUUGUAAUAAGAUGUUUUACGAUGUUGUUAGUCUGAAUUAUCACUUGACUUCAGGCAUGGGACUUAACUGUAAACAUUGUAGUCGGUAUUUUUGCUCUGAUAUUGGUUUUAAGGCACAUUUGAUGUCCUGUCCAAAAGCACAGGUUAACUGCAUUGAGUUCGGUGACGGAAAGCUAUCGGUAGAUACUACUCUCCAGGGUAUGAAAGCAGAUACUACUUCCCAUGUUAAAAAAAGCAAUAAAAAGCAUGGAAAAUUUAAUAGUUCAAUUCGCAAAUGUAGUCUUUGUAAGUGCAAGUUUAAAUCUAGUAUAGCACUGAAGUAUCAUGCCCUAUCAUGUAAAUCUGUGAUAGACACCAAAUGUCAGUACUGUAACCGUCAUUUAAAGUCUAACGUAGCACUUACACAUCAUAUAAAAUUGUGUAAAAUUAGAAUAGGCACAGUUGAAUGUAAGCACUGCAGAUGUCUCUUCAAACCAAGUCAAAUCAUGCGUCAACAUGUGAACAAUUGUAAACGAAAGGUUGCUUUGUCCAGUUACAUCAAGAGAUGCAAAACAAGGAACAGAUGUAAAUCUUGCAAUAAUGGAUUUAUGUCUGGUUUUCUGUUAAAAAGUCAUGUGAUAUCAUGCAAUGCAACUAUGAUCGCUCAAUCUGUGAAACGUGCAAGUCAUAAACGCAAACGUGCAAGCAAGAAAUCUGAUCCUGCGUGCACCAAUAAGCGGCCAGUUGUGGCUGUAUACAUAUGUGUGAACUGUCAAUGUAGUUUCACAUCAAAAUUUCUUCUGGAUUCACAUGUAGAAUCCUGUAGUGUUGCUUACCGUUGUGAAUGUCGAUACAAACUUGAAUCGGUAAACAGCUUACAAGAACAUAUGAAAUGUCACGUGGAUAUAGAGUUUGCAGAUUUUGAAAUUUAUAAAUGUAGGUUUUGUUUUGAAUCAUUCUCAACAACUGUGGCUGUCCGUGAUCAUUUAGUUAGAAAACAUAGUGUGAAAAUGCCCAUUUCUAUUAAGGGUAGCAGCUGGAGACCUGAAAGCAAGCAUAUAGUUGAACAGAACCCUGACAUGCCUUUGCAGAAACGCAGUGUCGCUCAGAUGCAGAAGCCAUGUCUGCAUAUGUGUGGUAAAUGUGGAGAUACUUUCAGUGAAAAGGUCUACCUUGAAAUCCACAUGGAUGCACAUAAAACGGAAUACUACUGGAUUCCUGAAUUCACUGGACUGUAUGCUGAUGUCUACAGAGAACGUUUUGAAUCUCAUAAAUGGAAGAUUCAAAACAGAACAGAAGAUAUAAUCAAUGUGGAUCCAUAUAAGAAUUUGAAAAUAAUUUGUGAUGAUAAUAACACAAGUUCUGCAGUUGGAAUUUUCAGAUUGAAAUUUGUUUAG